GGGUUGAGUAUUUCGUGGACUCGUACAGUUUAUAUUCACAUCUUACAAUUCUAUUCUUGGCAAACUAUGCAAUCUCUUUAAACUUUGGGCAUCAAAUCAAAUUAUCAGUUUUUCUAGCAAAAAAAAAACAGAGAAAAAAAAAAUGAGAACAGACGAGAGAAGAAGGUGGUGGGUUAAACCGAAGAAGCAUAUAACUUUGGUGUUCAUAACAAUAACAAUGAUAAUUCAAUUCCAAAUGAAAGGAUGUGUAAGCUGUGUGGAAACUGAACGGAUGGGUUUGUUGCAGCUCAAGUCGUAUCUCAAGAAUCUCGUUGAUGCCGAAGAAGAAGAAGAAGAAGGACUUAGUAUUCUCAAGUCAUGGACUCAUCAUGAAGGUGAUUGUUGCCGUUGGGAGAGAGUAAAGUGUAGUGAUGCUAUUAAUGGCCACGUCAUCGGUCUCUCACUGGAUAGACUCGUACCGGUCGCAUUUGAGUCGCAAACUCGGUCUUUAAAUCUGUCUUUGCUUCAUAGUUUUCCUCAACUCCAAAGCCUUAAUCUUUCGUGGAAUUGGUUCACUAAUUUGUCUGAUCACUUCCUUGGUUUUAAGAGCUUUGGGACACUAGAUAAGCUCACUACCUUAGAUUUCUCCCAUAAUAUGUUCGACAACAGUAUCGUCCCGUUUUUAAAUGCUGCGACAUCGAUUAGGAGUCUACAUCUUGAGUCUAAUUACAUGGAAGGUGUCUUUCCUCCUCAAGAACUUUCAAACAUGACAAACUUGAGAGUGUUAAACUUGAAGGACAACAGUUUCAGCUUCUUAUCUUCUCAAGGUUUAACAGAUUUCAGAGAUUUGGAAGUACUGGAUCUCAGUUUCAAUGGUGUCAAUGACUCUGAGGCUAGUCAUAGUUUAAGUACGGCGAAACUGAAAACACUAGAUCUUAAUUUCAAUCCGUUGUCAGAUUUUUCUCAACUUAAAGGUUUAGAAAGCCUCCAAGAGUUACAAGUCUUGAAAUUACGAGGAAAUAAAUUCAACCACACGCUAUCUACUCAUGUACUGAAAGAUCUUAAAAUGUUGCAAGAACUGGAUCUCAGUGACAAUGGGUUCACAAAUUUAGAUCAUGGCCGAGGUUUAGAGAUUCCUACAUCUUUACAAGUAUUGGAUUUCAAAAGAAAUCAAUUGUCUUUGACCCACGAAGGCUAUUUAGGGAUUUGCAGACUAAUGAAACUCAGGGAGCUGGAUUUGAGCAGCAAUGCUUUAACAAGUCUACCUUAUUGUUUGGGUAACUUAACGCAUCUUCGAACUCUUGAUCUAUCGAACAACCAAUUGAAUGGAAACCUGUCUUCCUUUGUGUCUGGUCUACCAUCAGUGCUUGAGUACUUGUCGCUGCUUGAUAAUAACUUCGACGGUUCGUUCUUGUUCAACUCACUGGUCAAUCAAACAAGACUCACAGUAUUCAAAUUGUCAUCAAAAGUUGGUGUGAUCCAAGUUCAGACUGAGAGUUCAUGGGCUCCAUUGUUUCAAUUGAAGAUGUUAUAUUUAUCGAAUUGCAGUCUUGGCAGCACAAUGCUCGGCUUUCUCGUGCAUCAGCGUGACUUGUGCUUCGUUGAUCUCUCUCAUAACAAGUUGACAGGAACAUUCCCGACUUGGCUUGUGAAGAAUAACACAAGGCUGCAGACUAUUUUACUAAGUGGGAACUCAUUGACAAAGCUUCAACUACCUAUUCUUGUUCAUGGCUUGCAAGUUCUCGAUAUCUCGAGUAAUAUGAUAUAUGAUUCGAUUCAAGAGGACAUAGGGAUGGUGUUUCCAAACCUGAGGUUUAUGAACUUUUCUUCAAAUCAUUUUCAAGGAACUAUACCAUCUUCGAUUGGGGAGAUGAAAAGCCUACAAGUCUUGGACAUGUCUUCUAAUGGUCUAUAUGGGCAGCUACCUAUUAUGUUUUUAAGUGGUUGCUACUCGCUAAGGGUUCUGAAGCUCUCCAACAAUCAAUUACAGGGGAAAAUAUUUUCGAAGCAUGCAAAUCUUACUGGUUUAGUUGGGCUUUUUCUUGAUGGCAACAAUUUUACUGGGAGUCUUGAAGAGGGUUUAUUGAAGUCAAAGAAUCUUACUCUUUUAGACAUAUCAGAUAAUAGGUUUUCGGGCAUGCUUCCACUUUGGAUUGGUAGGAUAUCAAGGCUUUCCUACCUAUACAUGAGUGGUAAUCAGCUAAAAGGUCCUUUCCCUUUUCUACGACAGAGUCCUUGGGUUGAGGUUAUGGACAUCUCACACAAUAGCUUCUCUGGUUCGAUACCAAGGAAUGUGAAUUUUCCAUCUCUCAGAGAACUAAGACUACAAAACAAUGAGUUUACGGGUUUAGUUCCGGGAAAUUUAUUCAAGGCUGCGGGAUUAGAAGUGCUUGAUUUGCGGAACAACAAUUUUUCUGGAAAGAUACUGAACACUAUUGACCAGACAUCUAAGUUACGUAUUCUUCUUCUACGGAAUAACAGCUUUCAAACUUAUAUCCCUGGGAAAAUAUGUCAGCUAAGUGAAGUUGGUCUGUUAGACUUGUCUCACAAUCAAUUCAGAGGCCCCAUACCAUCAUGUUUCAGUAAAAUGUCUUUUGGUGCAGAGCAGAAUGACCGUACCAUGUCACUUGUUGCAGAUUUUGACUUCUCAUACAUUACAUUCUUGCCACAUUGUCAAUAUGGAUCACAUCUUAACUUGGAUGAUGGUGUCAGGAAUGGUUAUCAACCAAAACCAGCAACCGUAGUGGAUUUUUUAACGAAAAGCAGAUAUGAGGCGUAUCAAGGUGAUAUUCUCCGCUAUAUGCAUGGUCUGGAUUUGUCGAGCAACGAACUAUCGGGUGAAAUUCCAAUCGAGAUUGGAGAUCUUCAGAAUAUCAGGUCCCUGAAUUUGUCAAGUAACCGCCUCACAGGCUCCAUACCAGAUAGCAUUUCAAAGCUGAAGGGCUUAGAGAGUCUUGAUCUAUCCAACAAUAAGCUAGAUGGAAGUAUCCCUCCUGCGCUAGCCGAUCUCAACAGUUUAGGAUACUUGAAUAUCUCAUAUAACAAUUUAUCAGGUGAAAUCCCUUUCAAAGGCCAUCUUGUUACCUUUGACGAGAGGAGUUACAUAGGCAACGCUCAUCUCUGUGGACUUCCUACAAAUAAAAAUUGCAUCUCCCAGAGAGUCCCUGAGCCACCAAGUGUGUCAACGCAUGCCAAAGAGGAAGAAAAUGAAGAAGAAGGUAAUGUGAUAGACAUGGUGUGGUUUUACUGGACUUGUGCUGCAGUCUACAUAUCUACAUCCUUGGCAUUGUUUGCUUUCCUCUACAUAGACUCACGAUGGUCCCGAGAAUGGUUUUAUCGUGUAGAUCUAUGCGUUCAUCAUAUUCUACAGUUCAAGCGUUCCUCAGUCUGCAACUGAUUCUGUGGAUUAGCCAAGGUAUACACCACUGGAAUAACACAGUCUUAAAAUGCUUUCUUAGUUGAUCCAAGUUAGAUGAGAAAAAGCUUUUGUAUACAAAAUAUAUGUCUUCGAUGUCAAAUAUAUACAUGAUACCAGUUUCAAUUUCUAAACAUUAUCUCAUAAUAUUUGGGCCUCAGGAGCCCAUUAUAGCCCAUAAAACGCAUAACGGCUGAAUAGAGUCGUACUGUACUUGAAAU